UCUUAGAUGUUGCUGAGGGUUCGACUUGGCUAGGGUUCGAUUUGGCGAGGGCUUGGAGCGCAGAGCACUCGACGGAAGGAGCUCCGACCGAGAAGUCAACAGAACUCCGUAUUUAAUCGAUAGAAGGAGGAGGAGAAGUCGAUCGAUCUCAGUUCAAGUAUUCAAGAUCCAGGAGUUCCUCCAACUUCGGCAUUCAUUCCAAGUUAUAACCUGGAAUAUCUGGUACCUACUAUUAAAAAAUCGAUUUGAUGUCCUUGCAACUACAAUUUAACUAUGGCUUCAAGUAUGUUGACUGGAAAGCGAAGGUGGGCUUCUUCAUCACGAAGAGGGGGUAUGACAGUUUUAGGGAAAGUUUCCGUCCCAAAACCUGUUAACUUACCCAGUCAAAGGUUGGAAAACCAUGGUGUAGAUCCAAAUGUGGAAAUUGUCCCCAAGGGUACACUUAGCUGGGGCAGCCAAACAUCUUCCUCCGCACCAAAUGCAUGGGGUUCCACAGCAUUCUCACCUCCUAGCACAGAUGGAAUUGCUGGUUCACCGAGCCGUCUUAAUGGCCGUCCUUCUUCUGGUGGAAGUGGAACUCGGCCAUCGACAGCUGGUAGUGAUAGAUCCCAUGAGCCUGCACCCAAUGCAUGGGGCUCAAAUUCUCGGCCAUCUUCUGCCUCUGGGUUAUUGGCAUCAAAUCAGGCAUCUAUGGUGGCAACACGUCCUCGCAGUGCUGAAACAAGACCUGGUAGCUCUCAAUUGUCACGGUUUGCUGAUCCAGUAUCUGAAAAUUCAGUUGCAUGGGGUGCACAAGGAACUGCAGAAAAAUUGGGAGCUCCAUCAUCCAAGGAUUAUGGUUUCACUCUGAGUUCUGGAGAUUUUCCAACAUUGGGCUCUGAAAAGAAUGUUGAAUCCCAUGGGCGUCAAGGUCACAGUUCUCAUGGGCGUCCUGUCUCUGCUUCUGGCAGGGUAGCAACACCAAAAGAUGAUUCAGGAACUUCUCCCACUGAAAGUGAGUCUGUUGAUCUGAAAGCUGGGAGGGCAACUGUAAAUACCUGGAAUACUGAUGGUUCCUCAUAUGUUGGAGAUGGUGCCCCACCUAGCAUGGAAAAGUGGGAGAGGGAUCCUCAGCCAUACCUUAAUCCUGGUAUGCCACCUCAGCAUCUUGACCCUUGGCAUGGUACUCCUGUACGUAAUGCUUCUGAUGGAGUUUGGUAUAGGGGACCUCCUGGAUGUCCCCCUUAUGGAACCCCGGGCCCUCCUGGUAGCUUUCCCCUUGAACCAUUUGCCUAUUACCAUCCACAGGUUUCAGCUAGGGCUCUGGCCAACUCACAGCCAGGUCCACGGCCAGGAGCUGGUCCAAGUGCAUACCACCCAAAAAGUGGAGAUUCUUACCGCCCUCAGAUGCCUGAUUCUUACAUCCGGCCUGUUUUGCCAGUUAGACCUGGUGUUUACCCUGGUAUGUUGCCUUAUGAUGGCUAUUAUGGUCCUCCACGUAUAGGCUACUGCAACUCAAAUGAAAGAGAUUCCCCUGUCAUUGGAAUGGCUACUGGUCCUUGUGUAUAUAACAGAUAUGCGAACCAUAUGAUCCUCCCUGAGUCUGGUAACCAGGUGAGGCCCAGUGGAUACCCUAGCCCUUCAAUGACCAAUGAGCAGGUGGAGCCUGGUCAAGAUGGUCAUCAAGGACCAUACAAGGUUCUUUUGAAGCAACAUGAUGGUUGGGAAGAAAAGGAUGUAGAGAAGAUGGGGCACAAUGUAAUAUCAAGUGCACCACACGGUGAUAGAAGAAAGGAACCGGCAUCAAUCAUAAUGGAGAAUGACCAGAGAACUGAUCAUGGAAAGGAAGAAGUGGUUGGUUUGCCAAAAACAGUAUUUGGUGGGUUUUCUUCUCAAUCUGCUGAUGGUCAUGGAGGCUGUUCUUUGGUCACAUACAACCAGGGAGGAGCUUAUGCUGAAGCAACUGACAAUCGGGGAUCUUCUCCAGUCCCUGUUGUGCCUGGACAGAUGAACAAUGCUAGAUCAGUUGAUGACAGUUUGUUAAAGAAACCAGAAACUGCAGCUGUUCAAGAACAGAGUCAACUUGUAUUCCUAGCUACUAGAAGAAAUCCCACUCUAAUAGACAAAAUAGAGUGUUUGAAUUCGAAAGCUCGGAUUUCGGAUGGCGGAUAUGAUGGUGGUCCUAAGUCUAGUAGAGAUGACAAAACGAGACGGUUCAGGGUUGCAAAUGCCAAGGCUGACUGUUCCACUAAUCAAGCUGGCAUGCAUGUUGUAUCUGCUGAAAGAACAUCCAGUGAUAGUACACGUACCACUUCCUCUAAUGACGGAGGCUCUUCUGCAGUUCCCAGUGGAGCAGUCAUGUCCAUGUCAGUUGGUGAACAAGUGUCUAUUGGCACUAUGAUGAAUUCUUCCGUGGUUGGGGAAAGGGAAGUUAAUUCUCAGAUGAGCAAGAGAGUCAAUGGUGUGCAAGGUAGAGCUGACUACCGAGGCAAGGGAAGGUUUAGUAGCCAGGAGGGUGAGGAGUGGAGAAAGAAGCCUCCUGUUGGAGGAGUGUCUACGACUUCAGUUCCUGUUCCAUCUAAGGAGCCUUGUCCUGAUGUUCAUGUGCAAGGCAUUGGUGCUUCUCAAGAGGCUCUUGAGAAGCAUGGCUCAAAUUUUCAAGGGAAGGUUGGGACAGAAUAUGGGACACCUGCUUUUGAUCCAAGUGACUACAACGCACAACGUGCUAAAAUGAAGGAAUUAGCAACACAGCGAGCAAAACAACUUCAGAAAGAGGAAGAAGAGCGGAUAAGAGAGCAGAAAGCUAAAGCACUGGCAAAAUUGGAAGAGCUGAAUAGGAGGACACAAGUGGGAGAUAGUUUGAAUAAGAAACUGGAUCAUUCUUCGUCAUUGAGUGGUGCCAUUCAACAUGGGGAAGAAGAAUCCUCCACUCAUUCUUUACCAACCAGUGACACAGGCAGCUCAAGAGAAGCACCAUUAUCUGCCUCUGGUAAGAACUCUAAUGCAGCUGCUCAGUUGAAUGAGAAUGAGAGAAAAAAGCUGGGUCAAUCAACUGAUAUCUCGAAGAACAUAUCUCCAGAGUUCCAAAAAUCUGUAUCACAAGAUGUUGUGUCACAUAAUUUAGCUUUACCAAUGCAACUGGAUGCCGAUUCAUCUGAGGCUACUGAUCUGAAAUCUGCAGCACAAAUUCAUGAUUCUAGCGUUUCCAGACACAAGCAAAUGGUUCAUAAGAAAAAGCAAAAUAUUACAUUGGAGAAUACAAGUGAAAAAUUGGCUGCUACUGGAACCAAUGCAGACCCAGUAAGUCAAGCUAAUCUUUCUACAAAUGCAUUAACCAUGGGUUCUGAUCCUAGCUUAUCCAGUGGCUCCAAUACAGUGGAUGAUCCCUUGCCACAACAGAAGAAGAGAAACAACAGGAGUAGCAAGAGCAAGCACAAGCUGGAUGAGCCUGUCUCUGGCUAUUCACCAUCAUUGGUUCCAAUUGAAAGAUAUCCUGCAAAAGUUUCAGUUGAAGGUGAUAAAUCUAAGGCUCAUGAAGCUGAUUCGGAGAUUCAGACUGUUCAUGCUUCAAAUUUGAGCACAACUACAGAAUAUUCUCUGGAUGCUAUUCCAUCCACAAACAUAGGGUGGUCCUUACCGACUGAAGAAGCUCAUUCUAGACACAACAAUCAGUGGAAACCUCAACCUCCUCGUCGGAUGUCAAGAAACCCACAAGCUACUAGAUCUGCAGAUAAGUUUCAUACUGGUGAAGCUGUUUGGGCACCUGUGAGAUCACAGAAUAGGAAUGAUUUCUCAGAAGAAGCCAACCAAAGCACUACUGUUGAGACAAAUACUCCUUCAGCUAAGAAUGAUCAUGGAAUGCAGAAUACUGUGAUGAAAAACAAGAGAGCUGAAAUAGAGAGGUACGUCCCGAAGCCUGUGGUCAAGGACAAGGAACAAUCCCAGCAGGGGAAUUUCCCACCACCUUUGUCUCCCUCAAUCAGUCAGGCUACAUCCAGUGAGACCAGUGGUAGAGCAGAGUCUGGUUCCCAGAGUGCUGGGCCUGAUGGUUCGAUCCUUGGGAAGUCUGGGUUUUCUGUUGAUUCCAAAAAUGGAGACAGUAAGCCUCAUAAGCAUGGUAAAGCACAUGGAGCAUGGCGUCAACGUGGUUCAACUGAACAAACAUCUAUACAGAGUUCCCAAGAUGGAUCUUUGCCUUCUAAAUUAGGCAAGACUGUUCAGACACAUAAUGAGCAGCAUCAGCCCUUGAAGACUGAGGUACAUCCACUGGAGGGCCAGACAAAACAUAAUGACAGCUGGUGUGCUCCUGUAAAUCCUGUUUCAGCCGAACUAGUCACUGGCACUGCUAUGAAGGAUCAUCAUGGAACAAGUCGAGGGAAGCGAAAUCCAUUUAAGGGGCAUAAGGGUGUCAGUCCUAAUCAGAACCCUGUUGAUCACAAAGAUUCACAUAUUGGAACCACAGGUAAAGUUGACAACUUAUCAUUGAACAAUGAGUUGAGUCAACAAGAGGGCAGAAUCACUUCAAGAGAAAACCAUGGGGUUGGUGAACAUCCAACCUCCCAUUGGCAACCAAAGUCUCAGACAUAUUUGGCUCAUAAUCGGCAAGGAAGCAAGGCCAGUGGAGAUCAGAAGGUUGCAGCUCAGGCUAGUGGUGGUGAAAUGGAGUUUAGUCCCCAUGGUGGAAAGCAUCUACCAUCACAAAGUGACAAGGGUAAAAGUGUUGCCAUGGUCCAAGCACAUCCUCAUCGAUCCGAUACUCAAAAAAUCAAUUUAGGUGAUGCACCCAGUAUACGGCGUCAAGAAAUUAAGAGAGAAAGAAGGGGCAUUGACACAUCCAAGGAAGGAGCACUACCCCCAAGUCGGGGUCUUGUUACCCCAGAUGAACAAGCUCCUAAAGAUGCAGAUGCGCAGCAUGACCAAUCCUUUUCUUCCUCAGGGUUGCCUAGGCAUGGCCAACACAAUAGCCGUACUGGCAGAGCCCAAGAGUCUCAAGGAGGUUGGAGUUUAGAAGGGCAGGAUAACAGCAAGCAAUAUCAUCUGCCUGCAAAUGGGGACAGGAGGCGGUAUAAUUCACAUUAUGAAUACCAACCAAUUGGGACUCACAGUAACAAGUCAGGUUACUCGCCUGAAGGAACAACUGAUGGUUCACGUAUCACUGGUUCGAGAUACCGUGAUAGGGGUCAGAAUCACUCCAGGCGUGGUGGGGGGAACUUUUAUGGGCGGAACAAUAGUGCUGUUAAAGUAUCUACAGGUGGUGGCAAUGGAGAAUGAGGACACUGAAAAAGCCGAAUGCAAACCCAUUUAAAGGGUAUCUUGGUUUCUUUGGCUCAAACGCACAUGUUUUGCAGGUAUAGUGGUUGAGGCUUGACCUGUUUUUUAAGUGCAUUAAUUGUAAUUAUUUGUCUAGUUCAUCUGAUUGUACAUGGGUGUUGAGCGUGAUCCAGGGCCAGGAGUAUUUCGGAUGGGACGUGGUUGAAGAAAAGGGGAACGGGGAGUGGUAGCUGAUGUGCUUGACCUUUGAUUUUUUAAAGUGUAUUUGACUUUAACAGCUUCUUUGGCCAUGGUCCAUGGAUUGUUUACAGCGGAAUUUUUUUACAUUCUUUGUAAGGUCCGAGUAUCUUGGUGGUAGUUCCUUCACUCCUUGUGCCUCGAAGGAUUGUUGGUGGACCGGGGGGGGUAUCGUAUCGACAGGAAAAAAAAGGGUAAUAGAACUCCUGGUAACUGGAUCCAUCCCAAGUGAAAAAAAAUCUUUUCUUAACCUGUACUUGAAGUUUGACCAAAAGAAAUGACGAACCACAUUGCAUUUCUUAACUGGAUCACUCUAUGGAAGAUAAAGAUCUUUGUUUUGACCAAA